AUGACUCAAACUAUACCUCGACAUGUGAGUCCUUAUGCUCAUGCUCCCAAGAUUUUCGGAUUAAAGUUCAAGAUUGCUUCCAGAGUAAUGUUGGUUUUCGAAUCAAUUCUAGGCAAAUUGAUGUUGGUUUUAUCGAUUUGCUCUAUAAUCUAUUCUCCUUCAUGGUAUCCCGUAUUCGUGAAUUUCGCAUUUCUAUUUUUUGUCAUAUUCUCCAUCGUGACUUAUAACUUAUGCCUCUCGAAGCAGUCGCCAAUUUAUUCGUAUCCAAUGCUCUCUUACCAAUUAGUCACCAUUUUCUGGUUACUCAUUUGGUUAUAUGCUGCUCUUAGUGCAGUUGCCAGUGGAGUUAUGUGGUCGCUGGAAUCAUUGGGAGGACCAUCAACAAGCAGAAUUCGUACAUCUCACAACAUAAAAGAUCCAAAUUAUGCGAAUCCAAAUGAGACUCAUCCAGAAACUGCUAGAGCAAUAAAAUACGGAUCUAUCAUCGCAGCAGUUUGUGUUAUCUUGAUUUGUCUGAAAAUGCUUGCCUUCAUAGUCGCCAGAAGGACAUACUUCCAAACUCUCAAAAUGCAACAUGAAUCAAUUGAGCAAUCUGUGAAGGAUGAUUCAUUCGAUGGAAGAAUGGCAAUUCUUGAGGAAGUGCAAGUAGAAGAGUACACACCUGAACCAUCUCCAGCGCCGAGAAGAAUGGUGAAAGCCGUCAUGAAUCAGUCAGAAGCGAGACUUUGGGCGAAGCACAACUCGUUGCCAAAAUAUGAAGAAUCCGCUUUCUAA